AUGUCCGGCAAGAUAUCAUUCUCCUUCGGUGCCAAACCAGGAGCUUCCAAAACCUCUACGCAAUCCAAGGCGCCCGUUUCCAAAGCCCCUUCUGCUGCCCUCUUCGCGGACGAAGAUGAGGGAGAGGACGAAGAAGGCGGUUCAUUUUUGGCCUCCAGGUCUGCCAAGGCUUCCAGUUCCUCGACGAAAAAGCCCGCAGUCAAAGCACCCGCUAUACAACAGUCCUCCCAAAUAUCCCGUGCUGAACGGAAAGCCCAAGCUACCGCCCAAUCCAUCGAUCAAUCCAUAUUCGACUAUGACGCACACUAUGACCAAAUGAAGGAGGCCGAAAGGGCAGUAGAGGAGGAGAAGAAGAAGGAAAGCGACGAAAGAAAGCCCAAGUAUAUCGAGAGCUUCUUGGCGUCAGCGCAAACCAGAAAGCUAGAUAAACUUCGGGCUGAAGAGAAGAUGCUGGAGAGGGAACGGGAGCAGGAGGGACAUGAGUUUGCGGACAAGGACAAAUUCGUCACAGAGGCGUAUAAGAAGCAGAUGGCCGAGGUUAGAAAGGCUGAAGAAGAAGAGAAGGCGAGGGAAGAGGCGCUACGGAAAGGGCAGAAGGGUCCGGGUCUCACAGCUUUCUACAAGAACAUGCUCGAUUCCGAAGAAUCCAAGCAUGCUGCUGCCGUUGCUGCGUCCGAGAAACCCACCAUGGGCCCGUCUCUGGCCAUUCGUCCUCCACCUGCUCCGUCAAAGCCUUUGUAUGACGAGGAGGAAGAGUAUGAUCCAUUCUUAGCCCGAGAAGCCAAGGAUGCCUCUUCAUCAACUUCUGCUGCUCCACCAGUGAAUGGCCAAGGUGGUCUGAGGCAAGCCAGAUCGACGAGGAUAGACGAUGCCACAGGGAAGGAGGUGGAGAUCAACGACGACGGAGAAGUCAUCGACAAGCGCUCUCUGCUCAAGGCAGGGUUGAAUAUAAUGAAGAAGCCGAAAACCGAAGUGCCCAACUCCCUCACUUCUUCGCAAAGAAGUGCCACUGUUGAUGGACCAUACCAGUCCAAGGCUGUAGGGUCUGCGGCUAGCUACAGAGAUAGAAUGGAGAGGGAGAGACGGCGCUUGGACGAGCAGUAUCGAGAGCAGGAGGAAAAGAAGAAACGGGAAGAGCAGGAUAGGCUGCGACAGGAAGAGGAAGAGGCAAGGCAAAGACGAGAGGGUGACAAUGGAGAGGCCGAGAGGAAGCGAGCCGAGGCGAAAGAGAGGUACCUGGCGAGAAAGAGGGCUAGAGAUGAAGAAGAAAAGUCUGGGGUCAAGAAGGCGAGGGAGGAGGACUAG